CUCUAUCUCUCAUAUGCUACCGUUCUAUAAAGUCUUAACUAAUCUACAUCAAACCAGUUACUGGGGAGAGAGAUAGAUACCUUUCAGGUGGUAGGAUCUCCUAAGGCUCUCAAAAUGAGGAAGCCAGAGGCCUGUGGGAAGAACAACAACAAUAAUAACAAGCUUAGAAAGGGCUUGUGGUCACCGGAGGAAGAUGACAAGCUAAUGAACUACAUGCUAAAUAAUGGACAGGGUUGUUGGAGUGAUGUGGCAAGAAAUGCUGGCUUGCAGAGGUGUGGCAAGAGUUGCCGACUUCGCUGGAUCAAUUAUUUGAGGCCUGACCUUAAGAGAGGUGCAUUUUCACCCCAGGAAGAAGAACUGAUCAUCCAUUUGCAUUCCCUUCUUGGCAACAGGUGGUCUCAGAUUGCGGCUCGCUUGCCUGGACGUACAGAUAAUGAAAUCAAGAAUUUUUGGAAUUCAACAAUAAAGAAAAGAUUAAAGAAUCUGUCCUCCACAGCCUCACCAAACACUAGUGACUCUUCCUCAGAGCCAAGCAAAGAAGCAACAGCAGCCUCCAUCGGAGGAGGGUUCAUCUCCAUGCAGGAACAAGGCAUGACUCCCAUGUACAUAUACCCAUCAUUAUCAUCGUCAUCAUCAUCAAACACGUCCAUGCAAGCUAUGUUUCUGAAUCAAAUGAUGGACCCAUUACCCACAUUUGAUCAUGGCCUAAGCAUGUACGGUGCAAGUGUAUACUUCAAUAAUGAUGCAUCCCCAUGCAUGACUCAGAUAGGAGUUAGCGGUGAUCAUGACUUUUAUGGGAAUCAAGGGAUCCUUGGAAGUGUUAAUAUUGGGAUAGAAGGGGAGCUUCAUAUUCCUCCAUUAGAGAGUAUAAGCAUUGAGGAAAAUACCAAAACUGAAGAUAUGUAUGAUACCAACAACAACAGUAAGGACCCAUAUAGCCAUGUGAAUAGAAAUAACAGCAUCUGCAGUAACAAUAAUAAGGCACAGAAUAUGGCUGCUGGAGUUGGCAACUUAUGGCAAGCUGGAGAAGAGCUAAAAGUGGGGGAUUGGGACUUAGAAGAUUUGAUGAAAGAUGUGCCCUCCUUCCCUUUUCUUGAUUUUUCAAGCUGAAUAAAUGGUGUUCCUCAUAAAUUUUUCUUCCUCCAAUUUUCGAAUGGACACCCUUUUCCCUUCUGUAGAAACCUUACCAAAAACAGCCAUCUUAUACCUCAGACCCUUACAUAUCUAUCUUUGCCAAGAAAGCAUAACGUCCUGUGUAUAUAUUAGGUGCGGCAUAUACAUAUAGGAAGAAGAAGCUAGGGGAAUGUUCAAAGAAUAAAAGGUCAUUGUAUUGAUGAACCUAAUUAAGUAGCUAUUGUAUGAAUAUGUACCUCGUCAUUGUUAUAUGUCAAUUCUGAGCAUUCAGUUAGCCUAAGAUCAAUGUGUAUGAUUGAUAUAUGCAUUCAAAAAUUCAAUAGAAGGAAAAGGACUGGCCUAAAGAGAUUGGUUGAUCAAUAAA